UAAAUGGGCAGUUAAAAAGAUUGGUAGUUUUUUAUCACAGAUUAGAAAAAUUUUAAUAGUUCUUUACACAAAAUCAUAAAGUGGUAGCCACUGGACACGUUGUGUGAAAUGUGAUAGUUUUUGACGAUUUACUCCUUUUAAACCGAAUGGACACAUGGACAUUCAUGAGGACCGAUCUGGUAGUAACAGAUUAAUGAAAUAGGGAGCUAACGACAGUAGCAACAAAUGAACUCUUUGUACUAUGUGAAACAACCGUGUACAAAUUCCAAUUAGAAAAUCUGCCGGCCAGGCCUUCUUGGCAGGAUGCCCUCGCAGGCCAUUUCAGGACAAAUCCUCAAACUCAACAAAAAAGGAAGGCUCUGCCUAUAAACAUCACAGAUCACACAGACCGCCGGUGACCACCACUUGUCCGGUGACAGAAUUACCACGUCGCAGCGCACAAAAUGAAGCUUUCCAUGGCGGCCGUCGCGACCCUAGUCUUAUCCUUCGUCGUCGGUACGGCCAGCGCCGUCACGUUCGAGGUGACGAACAACGCGUCGACGACCCCCGGCGGCCAGCGCUUCGACGUGGAGUACGGCGCGGAGUACGCGAAGCAGGUCCUUUCGGAGGCCUCCUCCUUCAUCUGGAACGUCUUCAACCAGACGGGCGCCUGCGAGGCCAACCGCAGGCCAGUCGACGGCGGCGGCGCCGUCACCCUCGUUGUCGUCGACGACACGGACGGAGGCAUCGCCUCCACCAGCGGCAGCGCCAUCGAGCUAAGCGAGGGCUACGUCGCCCGCUUCACCGGCGACCUGAGGGCCGAGGUGACGGGGGUGCUGUACCACGAGGCGACCCACGUGUGGCAGUGGGGCCUCCAGGACUACGGGGCGCACUGGUGGGUCUUCGAGGGGGUCGCCGACUUCGUCAGGCUCAAGGCCGGGUACGCGCCGGCGCACUGGGUGGCUCCGGGGCAGGGACGCAGCUGGGACGGAGGUUACGACGUGACGGCGAGGUUCCUCGACUACUGCGACUCGCUGAUCAAGCCCGGGUUCGUCGCGGAGCUCAACGGCAAGAUGAAGGAUAGCGGGUACAGCGACGACUACUUCGUGGAGAUCCUGGGCAAGAGCGUGCAGGACCUCUGGAACGACUACAAAGCCAAGUACGGCGGCUGAUCGCGGUAGUAGCCGUAAAUUAGUGGCCACGUUUCCAGAAAUGGAAAGACCAGAGAGAAUGCUAUGCUCGUUUACUGGAUAGUGGAUUUUAUUUUUGAGAUAAUAACACCAAUUGUUAUGGUUGCUAGAGUUUAAGCGGAAGAGAGAGCUGCGAGGGCGCGAGAGAGUCGGCCGUGGGGGCAGAGGCGGACCGAGACAAAAUUAUGACCGGGGGCACACCUUCUAUAAAUCUGUUGAUUUUA